CCCGAAGAGAUCGGAGGCUAGCGGAUCUCAGCCCCCCAAGGUCAUCCCGGAGACUCAUCCAGUCCCCUAACAACAUGGCGGACGAGAGCAGCGACACGUUACCGGCAGCGCCGCCCGCACCCAGUCCAGCGGCACCCCCGGUUCGACGCCGCUCCUCUGUUAACUACCGCGCCUACGCCACUGAGCCGCACGCCAAGAAAAAGUCCAAGAUCUCGGCUUCUCGGAAGCUGCAGCUGAAGACCCUGAUGCUGCAGAAAGCCAAGCAGGAGCUGGAGCGAGAGGGCGACGAUCGGCGCGGGGAGAAGGGCCGCGUGCUCGGGGAGCGCUGUGCUCCCGUGGAGCUGGCCGGGCUCGGGGUCGCCGAGCUGCAGGAGCUGUGUCGGGAGCUGCACGCCAGAGUGGACAAGGUGGACGAAGAGAGAUACGAUCUGGAGGCCAAAGUGACCAAGAAUGUCAGCGAGAUUGCUGAUCUGACCCAGAAAAUCUUUGACCUGCGGGGCAAGUUUAAGCGGCCCACGCUGCGGAGGGUGCGGAUCUCAGCGGACGCCAUGAUGCAGGCCCUGCUGGGGGCCCGAGCCAAAGAGUCCCUGGACCUCAGAGCUCACCUCAAGCAAGUGAAGAAGGACGACACGGAGAAGGAGAGCCGAGAAGUGGGAGACUGGAGGAAGAACAUCGACGCUCUGAGCGGGAUGGAAGGCCGGAAGAAGAAGUUCGAAGGCUGAUGGGCGGCAGCCUCCCUCUGACAAACCCGGGCCCGCGCCCAGCCUUGAAUAAAGUUCUCUCUGAGUCGGG